UGGUCCAGUGCAACAGAAUAUGUGAACAUCCGCCGUGCCUCAGAAUCGGUCCUUCAACUGACAACAUGGCGUGUGUUCGAGCUGCGUCCCGUCUCCUCUCCAAGAGGGUGCUAUCUAAAACAAAAGCAGUCCCUGCUGCUGCAGUUCAGGGUUCCAGGAACUUUCACUUCUCCAUCUAUGGCAAGAAGAAAAAUGCCAAAGUGUCAGAUGAUAUCUCUACUCAGUACCCAGUUGUGGAUCAUGAGUUUGAUGCUUUGGUGGUAGGAGCUGGAGGAGCAGGACUUAGGGCAGCGUUUGGCUUGUCAGAGGCUGGCUUCAACACUGCCUGCAUCACCAAGCUCUUCCCCACCAGGUCUCACACCGUUGCUGCACAGGGUGGGAUUAAUGCAGCUCUGGGGAACAUGGAGGAGGAUGACUGGAGGUGGCAUUUCUACGACACAGUGAAGGGAUCUGAUUGGCUGGGAGACCAGGACGCUAUCCACUACAUGACAGAGCAGGCUCCUGCAGCUGUAGUGGAGCUGGAGAACUUUGGUAUGCCGUUCAGCCGCACUGAUGAUGGGAAGAUCUACCAGAGGGCCUUUGGAGGUCAGAGUCUCAAAUAUGGAAAAGGAGGCCAGGCUCACCGCUGCUGCUGUGUAGCAGACAGGACAGGACACUCACUACUGCAUACACUUUAUGGACGAUCGCUUCGUUAUGACACCAGUUAUUUUGUGGAGUAUUUUGCCCUGGACCUGCUGAUGGAAAAUGGAGAGUGUAAAGGAGUGAUUGCUCUCUGCAUGGAGGACGGAUCUAUUCACCGCUUCAGAGCCCAGAAUACUGUCAUUGCUACUGGGGGUUAUGGAAGAACCUAUUUCAGCUGCACAUCUGCCCACACUAGUACAGGAGAUGGAAAUGCAAUGGUGACCAGAGCUGGCCUGCCCUGCCAGGACUUGGAGUUUGUACAGUUCCAUCCCACUGGGAUCUACGGAGCUGGUUGUCUGAUCACAGAGGGUUGCCGUGGUGAGGGAGGGAUCCUAAUCAACAGUGAGGGAGAGCGCUUCAUGGAGCGCUACGCACCCAAUGCCAAAGACCUGGCCUCUAGAGACGUGGUGUCCCGCUCCAUGACCAUAGAGAUCAGAGAGGGCAGGGGUGUUGGUCCGGAGAAGGACCACGUGUACCUGCAGCUUCACCACUUGCCUCCCCAGCAGCUGGCCGCAAGGCUGCCUGGUAUCUCAGAGACGGCCAUGAUCUUUGCUGGAGUCGACGUCACUAAAGAGCCCAUCCCUGUCCUGCCCACCGUUCAUUACAAUAUGGGUGGAAUACCCACAAACUACAAGGGACAGGUGAUCACCCAUGCUGACGGAGUCGACAAGGUGGUUCCUGGACUGUAUGCCUGCGGUGAGGCAGCAUGUGCCAGUGUCCAUGGUGCUAACAGGCUGGGCGCUAACUCUCUGCUGGACCUGGUGGUGUUCGGCAGAGCCUGCGCCCUCACCAUCGCCGAGGAGCACAAACCUGGGGAGAAACUGUCCCCUCUGCAGCCCAGUGCAGGAGAGGAGUCUGUGGCCAACCUGGACAAGCUGAGGUUUGCCAACGGAAGCCUGAGAACCUCUGAGAUCAGGCUCAACAUGCAGAAGACCAUGCAGGCCCAUGCUGCAGUGUUCCGUACUGGCUCUGUUCUGAAGGAGGGAUGCGACAAGAUGGACGCCAUUUACCAGACCUUGGAUGACAUCAAGACCUUUGACAGAGGUAUUGUGUGGAACACAGACCUGGUGGAAACAUUGGAGCUGCAGAAUCUGAUGCUGAACGCUGUCCAGACCAUUCACUCUGCUGAGCAGAGAAAGGAGAGCAGGGGAGCCCACGCCAGAGAGGACUUCAAGGAUCGUGUGGAUGAGUACGACUACUCAAAGCCCCUUCAGGGUCAGGAGAAGAAGCCCUUCGAUCAGCACUGGAGGAAACACACUAUGUCCUCCGUCGACCCUAAGACGGGAAAGGUGACCCUGGAGUACCGCCCUGUUAUUGACCACUCUCUGGAUGAGCAGGACUGUGCCCACGUCCCUCCUGCCAUCCGCUCCUACUAGGAAGAUAUUCUCUCUUCUCCUCCCAAUUUCCCUUUCCCUCUCUUCCCCUAUCCUCACAUCAAAUUCAUUCAUUUAUUUACUAUUUAUGGAGAUACUUUUCCUGUAAUAGAGAUGACAUUUUGGGACAAAUAAUGCUUAUGGUUGCACAUGUGUAUCCAUUUAGAAUGGUUAAAUACAAAACUGUCUUGUCUUGAAACUAUAUCCCUUUUGUGUCAACUUCCUGUUCCUGUCCUUCAUGUGUGUUUUGCCUUGAUUUAAUCGGUUUGCAACAGAUCGAGCAACAUGGUUCAUAUGACCUCUCACUCUGUGUGAGCUUGUCUUGUAAAUAUCAUCAGGCACUCAAGACAAGCGAUUGACUGAGGAAUUUUCAGCUUCCAGCUGAAGAACAAAAAAAUAGUUAACAUGUGUUGCACCACUUAAGCUUGGCCUUUUGGGAUGACGCCAUACUCUCAUUUCCAUGUCUUGCAUUGCAUUAAAUGCAUCUUUAAUUAUAACUUCUCUCCUUUGGCUCUCUGAAGUGAAGAGAUUGUGGAAAUGAUUGUAAUUUGAAAUGCACAUGUUGUCGUUAAGCCACAGAGGGAAGUUUUAAGUAUGUAAAUAUUGCAGAAAUGUACAAUAAACAUGGUGAGUUAUACUAUAUGUACUUGUUGAAGAAUAUGAGGUAAUCUUUUCUCACUCACUAUGGCCUUCAGUCUUGGAUAAUUAUUUCUUGUGAUACUUUCAUGUGUGGUCUAAAUUAUAAAGUGCAUCUUCAUAUAGCUCAUGUUCAGGAGAUAAUCAGCUGAUAGACUUAAUUGAGCUUAAGCUCUACAUUCUAGUAUAUAAGUUCUUCACUAUAAAUGUUAACCAAAUGAAGCAGCUUGGUGCUUGUAUCUAUUUAGCCACAUUAUGUUGUCCCUUCUGUUGGAACAAUGGCUUCUUUGUACAUUUUGCUGGAGCUUUCUCUGAAAACUGAACACUGAGGAUAAAUGCCAGUACGGGCCAGUGAAGUACACAUUGCUGUUUGAGUUAUUGGGCUUUUUAGGUUUCUGAUUAGUCUUCUUCCAGCAGUAAUGAAUGAUUCUGAGCACCAACAUCAGUGCCAGCUGUAAGUGCUUCAAGAGCAGCUGCGAUAAGAGUGGUUUCCAUUAAAACAAAGCUGUGUGUGUGUGAUGUAGAAUUGAUGGGAAAUCCCCACUAACUGGAAUUUGUCACAUUUUCUGCAACUCACAAAUGACUUUGAAGGAUGUACUGUGUUUUGUCACUUGAAGUAUUGAACAGAUUCACAUGAUAUGUUUCUUGUACUGGGUCGUUGAAAGGGUGACUUAAUUUAUUUGCCCGUUUAAAGAAAAACGAGUUAAUUUUUUUCUGGUUUUGCCAUUUGUACUUAUUUUCCUAUGUUUAAUAAAAUGUAGACUAGAAACAAAA